AUGAAUGUUAACUACGGUGGAGGUAGAAGACGUGCGGUGAGUCGGCAAACGGCUGAAGAACAAGUACUUGACCGGAUUUCUCGGAAUGCAGAAGAACGGUUGACUCGUAAAAGACAGGCUCGUGAAGAAGCGCGACAGAUACGUUUAGAGCAACUCGAAAAACAGUAUCGAGAGGCUGAAACAGAUGGUUGCAAAGGUGAUGAAGAAGACAUAAAAGACAAUAUUCCGACAACAUCAACAUCUCGAGGCGGUACACCGUCCAGAGAUAGCAAAGCAUUGGAACGGGCAGCCCUAAAGGAAAAAGUAAACGAAUUGCAAAACAAAUUUCAACGAGCCAUGUUUAUGUAUUCCCAAUUAGAUAAUGAGAAAUCAGCCUUAUUGUAUGAAAUUGAUUUGCUGAAAGAUGAAAUGGAAGAAAAAGAGCAACUUUUAUCACAAGCUAACCGGGAGUCUCGUGAUUUAGCUACUGAAGUGAAACUGCUAAAACGUACAAUUGAUGGUUUGAAUGCUCAACAUGCAACGCUACGAUCGGAAAUAGCGCAGCGUGAUCAAAUCAUACAGGAGAACGGGUUAGUUUUGGCGGAACAAGAAAAAUCUGAUGCAUUGUUAAAUGGCACGGAUAAUGUCCAAACAACUCCACUGAUAUUUUCUCAAACAACGAUAGCACUUGUUGAAAAAGCAGUUCCUGGUUCCUCUUCAAUAGAUGAAAAAGUUAAAAGAUUAGUUGAUGUGAACAAAAAAAUGCGUCAACAAGUGGAGGAAGCAGAACAGUCAUUAUAUGUUCGUAGAACAGCUCGUGCCGAUCUUAUGAAUAGCGCACAGAAUGGUAUACUUGGUGAUGAAUUACAAAGAGAUGCAGCCAAGCAACUAGCAGAAAUCAAAUUUAAACUGCAAGAAGCAGAACGUGAAAAUACAAAUUACCAGGGCAAUCUAAUACGUGUAGAUGGACAAAUGAAGAGGUAUAAAGCAGCUGCUGAACAAGCAGAAAAAGAGCUUUUAGAAUUAAAAUCUCAAAAUCGACAGCUGAAAAAAGAGCUUCGUGAUAAGGAUAAUGCUCUGGACGAAGCCAAAGAAACAAAUCGUCAUUUGCAGAAUAGAAUUGAAAAAUUACGUUUAUCAGGCUCUCGAAGACCUUUAUGA